AUGGCAUACAAUGACUUCUGGCCUGAUGGACUAGAUGUUGCUGAUGAUGGUACUGAAGAUGGUGCAGAUGCUGUUUUCCUCAUUUUGAAGUGUGUUGGUACUUGUAAUCCACAAAACAUUCAACCUAUUUCUCUGUGUAAUGUCAACUGCCAUUCUGGUUAUAGUAAAACCAAGAUUGAGGGGAAGCCAUUUUGCUGCUAUGAUUGUCAUUUAUGUCCUGAAGGAAAGAUUUCAAACCAAAACGAUAUGGAAGACUGUUUUCAAUGUCCAGAAAAUCAGUAUCCCAAUGUGGAUCGGAAUAUGUGCCUUCCGAAAGGUAUCAGCUUCCUCUCAUUUGAAGAACCUUUGGGAAUUACACUCACUCUUUUUGGCCUAUUGUUUUCUUUCCUCACAGCUUUGGUGCUUUAUAUCUUCAUUAAGUACCGGGAGACUCCCAUUGUCAAAGCCAACAACCGGAACCUCAGCUACGUUCUUCUCAUUUCUCUUUUGUUUUGUUUCCUUUGCACUUUGCUCUUCAUUGGACAGCCCACAAAGCUUAUGUGUCUCCUUCGACAAACAACCUUUGGCAUCACCUUCUCAAUAGCCAUUUCUUCAGUUUUGGCCAAGACCAUCAUUGUGGUCCUGGCCUUCAUGGCAACCACACCAGGUGGUGGGAUGAGGAAAUGGUCUGGAAAGCAAAUGGCCAGCUCCAUCGUCCUCUCCUGCUCUUUUAUUCAAGCUUUGAUUUUCACUGGGUGGUUGGUAACUACUCCUCCCUUUCCAGACAUUGACAUGCACUCCCUGAUUGAAGAAAUUAUCCUGGAAUGUAAAGAAGGCUCUAUCACCAUGUUUUACAUUGUCUUGGGAUUUCUGGGGUUCUUGGCUACCAUCAGCUUCACGGUGGCCUUCUUGGCCAGGAACUUGCCUGACAGUUUCAAUGAAGCCAAGUUUAUCACCUUCAGCAUGUUGGUCUUCUGCAGUGUCUGGGUGUCCUUUGUUCCAACUUAUUUAAGCACAAAGGGCAAAUACAUGGUGGCCGUGGAGAUUUUUUCCAUCUUGGCCUCCAGUGCUGGUUUAUUGCUCUGCAUCUUCUCCCCUAAAUGUUAUAUCAUUGUUGUGAGGCCUGAACUGAAUAACAAGGAACAACUAAGAAGACGAAAGUCAUAG